GGCUCUCUCAGCACCAUGUCCGCAGCCCCUACCAGCAAUGGGGUGUUCGUUGUCAUCCCGCCCAGCAACGCCAGUGGCCUCCGCCCCGCUCAGGCCAUCCUGCCCACCUCCAUGUGCCAGCCCCCCGGGAUUAUGCAGUUCGAGGAGCCACCUCUGGGGGCGCAGACGACAAGGGCCACCCAGCCGCCAGACUUGCGGCCCAUGGAGACAUUCCUGACGGGAGAACCCAAAGCUUUAGGGACGGUCCAGAUCCUCAUCGGCCUCAUCCACCUGGGCUUCGGCAGCGUGCUGCUCAUGGUGCGCCGCGGGCACGUGGGCAUGCUCUUCAUCGAAGGCGGCGUGCCCUUCUGGGGAGGCGCCUGCUUCAUCAUGUCCGGGUCCCUGUCGGUGGCGGCCGAGAGGAACCACACCGGCUGCCUGGUGAGGAGCAGCCUGGGGACCAACAUUCUCAGCGCCACGGCAGCCUUCGCUGGCACAGCCAUUCUGCUCAUGGAUUUCGGCGUCACUAACUGGGACGUGGGCCGGGGCUACCUGGCCGUGCUUACCAUCUUCACCAUCCUGGAGUUCUUCAUCGCAGUCGUUGCCACCCACUUUGGGUGCCAAGCCACCCGCGCCCAAGCCAGCACGCCUGUGAUUUUCCUGCCCAAUGCCUUCAGCACAGACUUCAACAUCCCCAGCCCAGCAGCCUCUCCUCCCCCUGCCUAUGACAAUGUGGCGUAUAUCCCCAAGGAGUCGUCGGAGUAGAUGGUCCCCGCGGCUGGUGGAGCCUGGUGCUCAGAGCCCGGCCUCUCCCCACCCCACACCCCAGUUCACGUGUGUUGUGGCUCCUGAGUGCAGUGUCCCGGGAGCCUCUGUCCCACACAUUUCGCUCCAGUGGUUCCUUCCCUAAAAGACCUAGUUGAUGUCAUGAAUGUGCCUCCCUCAGCCCCUGGGCCCCUUCCAGGAAAGCCCCGUGUGCCCUCUGAGUCUCUGCUCCUCGGCAAGCCUGGCUUCUUGGGGGGAAGGAUGGAGGGCUGCCCUGACCCUCAGGCUUUGGGAGGCCAUUAAGCUCAGAUAGCCCAGAAUCGUCCAGAAAGGAGUGCUGAGUCCCCUGCCUGGAGCAGAACGGACCAUGGUCUGACCAGGGUCAGUCCUGUGCCUUGUAAUCUCUGCCCCUGUGCCCCAGUUUCCCCACCUGGAAACUAAAGCGUUGAACUAGAUGAUUUACAAGGCCUUUCAAGCUCCCCCUGGGCUCUCUGAGGUCCUGGGUCUAAGCCAGGCAUUGUCUCCAUCCCCACCCCCACUGCCUCCAGAAAAGCACCCUCAAGCGAUGGGGUCAUAUUGACUCCAGCUCUGCCCACCUUCCUGCCAGGGUUGGGGAGGUUGCAUGGGAGGGCUGCACCCCAAUGACAUCUACAGGUGCAAAGCAAUGGGGGGCUCCCCGUUCCCAGAAAGCUCCCCCUCCCAAGGAGGCUCAGGACCUCCCUGUGCCUUGCAGCACCCCUCCUUCUCCCUGCAGCCAGAGGAGCAAGGCUGGCCCGGAGGUCACCUGGGAGCUAGGCUGAGUCCGAGG